CAUGUCAUUGCUUCGUGAGCCAACCCUCUAUACGAUAAAAGCAAUUAUAAUACUUGAUAACGAUGGAAAUCGUAUGAUAGCCAAGUACUUUGAUGAUAUAUUCCCAACUACAAAAGAACAAAGACAAUGGGAAAAGAAUCUUUUUAAUAAAACACAUAGAGCAAGCUCCGAGAUAACAAUAUUAGACAAUUUGACAAUUGUUUAUAGAGGAAAUGUGGAUUUAUUUUUCUAUGUUGUUGGAAGUUCAAGCGAGAAUGAGUUGAUUCUCCAAAGUGUCUUAACGACACUUUAUGACUCUGUUAACUCCUUGUUGAAGAAAAAUGUUGAAAAAAGCUGUUUAUUGGAUAAUAUGGAUAGCAUAUGUUUAAUACUAGAUGAAAUUUGCGAUCAAGGCAUUAUAUUAGAAAACGAUUAUCAAACUAUUGCAAGUAGAUGUGCACUUAAAGGUGAUGAUAUUUCACUUGGAGAGCAAACAGUUGCACAAGUAAGAGAUUAUAAGACACUAUCCUAUUAUUACUUUAUAGCUAAAACAGAAGAAUUGUACGAAUUUUAA